AUGAUCAUGGAUUCGUCGAACGCUGGCGCGGAGUCUACCGGCUCCGGCAGCGACCGCAGCAGCAACGUGUCGACCAGUCCACCGCCGCCGUCAUCCACUUCUUCCCAACAGCAGCUACAGCAACAGCAAAUGCAACAAAUGCAGCAGCAACCGGCCACGGGCCCUUCGUCGGUGGGUGGUGGUAGCAGCGUGGGUGGCAACAAGGAUGGCAGUCCAAGGGACGAACGGGGAAACAGUCCGAUGAUGAGCCUCAUCAACCCGUCACAGCACCACCCCAUCAUCACGCCAACGAGAGGCCUUAGCCCGCCGGUGGCGCAGACUUCUUCGCCGGUGGUGCCGGCUCCGGUAUCGUCGAUGAGCACGUUGGCGUCCCGCAUACCUAUGGGACUGUUCAACUCUCUGGUACACCAUUCGUCGCCGCUCGACCUGAUGGCUAUGGCACAUCACCACCAGCAGCAACAGCAGCAGCAGCAGCAACAGCAACAGCAACACCCGUCAUUGCAGCAGCAGCAGCAACACCCGCCGCGGUCGUACAACAGCCCGCCACCGAUCAGCAGCACUGACCCGGCCGCCAACGAGUGCAAGUUGGUCGAGUACCGUGGCCAGAAAGUGGCCGCGUUCAUGAUAGCCGGCGACACGAUGCUGUGCUUGCCGCAGGCGUUCGAGUUGUUCCUCAAACACUUGGUCGGCGGCCUGCAUACCGUCUACACCAAGCUUAAGCGGCUCGACAUCGUACCGCUCGUGUGCAACGUCGAACAGGUACGCAUACUCCGCGGUAUGGGCGCCAUUCAGCCGGGCGUGAACAGGUGCAAGCUGCUGUCUUGCAAGGACUUCGACACGCUGUACAGAGACUGCACAACCGCCAGGUAA